UUUUUUUUUCUUCUUUAUAGCAACUUGCAAGUGGAGAUAGAGGCUUUGAGAAUGUGGAGCUGGGUGUCAUAGGAAAGAAGAAGAAAAUUCCAAGGAGGGUUAUUCAUUUUGCAAGUGGAGAAACAAUGGAAGAAUAUAGCACAGAUGAAGAGGAAGAUGAACAAGAGAAAAAAGACCUGUUACCUCCUGUAGAUCCCACAACGCUCACCUGGGGACCCUACUUGUGGUUUCACAUGCUGCGAGUUGCCACAUCAACCUUAUCAGUGUGUGAUUUCCUUGGGGAAAAGAUUGCAUCUGUUCUGGGGAUAAGCACACCCAAAUACCAAUAUGCCAUUGACGAGUAUUACAGAAUGAAGAGAGAGGAGGAAGAGGAGGAACAGGAAAACAAGAUGUCAGAAGCAGCAGAAAAACAGCAUCAGGAACAGCAGAACAAGGCACAAGCUGAAGCUCCUGUCCAGACAGACCAGCCCGAAGCAACAGCGUGCACUUCGUUUGUGAAUGUAAACUUUGAAGAUGAGGGAGAUUGUCAGUCCGUUGGGGAAAAUAAAGAGGAUGUAGUUCCUGUCCCUCCUCAAGUGUAAAGCUCUGUACAACGUAGGAAAUAGGAGGCGUCAGGUGCCGCAAUCUGCCUGUAAGAAGCAGGAAAAAUAGGAUUAUACUUGUUUAGUAGCGUUCUUCUAGCGUUCUUAUUGAUCAGGAGAGAGCUGGGCACUGUCUGUUCAGUCUGCCUAACAAAGGCUGCGGCAUCCUGCCAAAUUGGCACUUCAGUUAAAAUGAAAAUUGCACUACAAACAUUUGGUCUUAAAUUGAAUGUGUGAGCUAAUUUAUGUGUAGAGCAAGUAAAAAUGUCUUUUCUUUGACUUGCUGUGUCUCUAAGACCUGUGGAUUGCAGAUGCAGUGCUGUUUCCUACUUCUAAACACCUACUUCUGAUUUGCACAUUGUUUGCAACUCAGCUCUCUAUGAAUAGAUUAAUAGGAAUCAAUAUCCUGUAACUCACAAGUCAUUAUAGUAGUGUCCGAUUUCCCCUAUUUAUUGUCACUGUUGUAUGCAUGUAUUUUUUUUCUGUUAUUGUUUAACACAAGAGGUAAUGUUAGAUGUAAUGUUAAUUAGAUUUAAGGGUCCACUGCCUUUUUUUAAAAAAAAAACCAAACAUCACCAAACUUUAAAGGAGGCUGUAAACACCCUUCAGAACUUACUAACAAGUCCCAGCACUCUCGGGGCCAGUCGCACUCAGCACAGGAAGUACAGAACUGGCAUCAGGGUAAGAUGUUCUCACUCCAGGGCCAAGAAUUAAGACUCACUCGCUUGAGUACUUCUUCACAUGCUCUUAAUGGUCCUGGGAAAUACACUAAAGCCUUGCUAAAUUACAGGGAAUGCACUGGACACUGCAUAUGGUACCAUUCUAGAAAACUUUUUUGGACAUCGGUUACUUGAAUCAGUUACUUGAUUAACCUAUACAGACUAUUUGUUUAAUUACCAGUAAGGGACAUGCCAUGACAGAUGUUUUUCCCCCCUCUAGCACAGAAUACAUAAAUAACUAGAAACCACAACCCCAAACUUAUGACUCUUCCUUUUUCUUAAAUAAACAAAACACUUUGUUGCAAUACUGCAACAAUAGUAAUUUUUGUUUAAGUAAAACAGAGGUAGCUCCAGAGCUUUUAAGUCGCCCCAAAUACCAAUUAAGGUUAUUUUAUUGCAAUGACUGUCAUUCCACUUGGAGCUUAUAAAAGGUGAAUGGUUUACUUCACAACAAUCAGCUGUCAGUCCCCACUCCCUUUCUCUAGCAAACGGUUGUAGAUAAAGGAGCACAGAACCUGCACUACUUGCUAUAUAGAACCUUACUUCUGUCCUCAAGACUUCUAAGAUGAUUUUUAAAAAUAAGUCUUCAGUGCAAUUCCGUGCUGGGUGUCAUUGUACAUCCAUGGCCUCGGUCCCACUACCAGCUAAGGAGCCCGAGUCCACUGAGGUAUUUCAGAGCAGCCUCUAACAGAGCUAGUUGCCUGUUGAGCACAAACUCCUCCUCUCCUCUGCCCGGAGCACUCCAGAAAAUCUCCAGAUUUCAGGAUCCAGUCAUCAGCUGUACUCCAUCCCUUUUGAUGCUCUGUUCUUUGCCUCCUUUUUACCCGUGAGACAGAGGGUGCUGACAGCUCUGUAAAAUCCUGCCUCAGCCCGGUUCAACACCUGAGGAAUAUGCAGAAAAACAGCUGGUUGGGAGUUCUUAUGCUAUCAAAGGUGGAAGCCUCACAUAGCUCAAGGGUUAAACCUUUAUGGCUGAAGGAUACUUCAAUUUUCUGCCUAGAAAUGAAUGUCAGUUGCGUUGGGUUGGUUUUUUUUCCUCUCCCUUCUAUCUGUUGCUUAAGAAACGCUCUCACUGCCUUGGGUUUAAACUUCUUUGUAUAAAAUACUGUAUUACUCACUGUGCCUUAACUUAAUUCUUCCUUCAGUUUUUUGCAAACUCUAUGGAAGUAGUUACUUUCAUAAUAUUUUAAUUUUUCUGUAAAUGCAUUAACUGGUUAUUUUAUAUUUAAUAUAAUUUUUGAACUGGAA